UUUGUAUAGCCCUAAAUCACAAGCAGUCUCAAAGGGCUUCACAUAGACAGAAAUUGACAAUUAUUCUCAAAGCAUCCCCUGAUCUUAAGCUCCCAAAAGGGCAAGGAAAAACUUAAAAACCCCUAGCAGGGGGAAAAUGAGAAACCUUGAGAAGGGACCACAGAUGGAAGGAUCCCCCUUUCAGGAUCACCAGGUUGAAAUGGACAAGAGAGGACCGAACCAGACGGCACGGCACGGCACCGCUGCAUGUGUGAGCCGGCGGCUUGAGCGCGCGCAAGCUGAGGAAAGCUGCCGAGGACAGGACGCACUCCCCGGGAGUGAGUGCACCAUGCUAACGUUGCUAGUUAGCGAGCUGUCAGUCCGAUUGAAGCCUCCGAGUCGAAUUCCGGUUCUAGUUCCGCCCUCAGGUUCUGUUGUCAAGUGGACUCGAGUAGUGCGUCUGGAUUUGACUUUGAAUGUGGAGUCUGAACUUAUUGGAGUUUAGAACUCUUGGCAGAGCGAAUGAUGUUAAUUGUCAUCUUGGUUUGGGACUUUUUGCUCCCCUUGACCUUGCUCUUAGUUUGCUGACUUUGUUGUGCCAUGUCUGCGCCCACCUCCUCACCCGCCUCGCUGUGCUGCUGCCGUAAGUCUCCAUCCACUGGCUCGGGCCACUGCGCGGGCGAGCCCACAUCCUCGCCUAGGCGCCGCCCCCCCGCAGACGUGGCAUCUGCUGCCAACUUUGCGGACUUCUGUCUGCGUCACUUCCACUUGGACCUGCGUGUCAACUUUGCGCUGAAGGAGAUGAGCGGAUGGCUGGUUCUGGACCUGCUGCCCCUGGUCGCCGGAGUUCGGACCCUGGUGCUGGACGCGCACCCGUCCCUGACGGUCCACGCCGUCGACUGCAAGACGAGCGGCGGCCGAGAGCCCGCCAGCCUCGCCUUCCGCCUGGAGCCCUUUGCGGACUUUGGCUCCGCCCUCAAAAUCGACCUACCUGAACUUGUUAUGGUUGGAGUGCACAUGCAGAUCACCAUCAGGUACGCGGCCACAGACGGACCUGCGGUGAGAACACGCGUCAAACACACGCACACGUGCGCAUGUGCACACGCACUCAUGAGCGCACAGACACGUUCUCACACACACACACACACACACACACGGGGGGGGGGCACGAACGCAGUACCGUGUGUGUUCCAGAUGUGGUGGUUGGACGCUGAGCUGACGUGCGGUCAAGAUCGUCCUCUGGUGUUCACUCAAGGGCAUUCUGUGUCCAAUCGUUCUUUCUUCCCGUGCUUCGACUCUCCGGCCGUCAAGAGCACGUACACGGCGGCCAUUCGUGUCCCGGACGAUGUGACGGUUUUGAUGAGCGCGUCCCGCAGUUGCUACUCCAAAGCGGAACGCGUCUUCCGCUUCUCCAUGGACGAGCCGGUGCCCGCCUACCUGGUGGCGCUGGUGGCCGGGAACCUCCGACACGCCGACCUGGGCCCCAGGAGUCGCGUGUGGGCCGAGCCCUGUCUGCUGCCAUGCGCCGUCCAGAAGCUAGGGGGCAGCGUGGAGCGCUGGCUGAGCGCCGCCGAGGGACUCUUUGGACGCUACCUGUGGGGGAGAUGCGACCUGGUGUUCCUGCCGCCGUCCUUCCCCAUGGUGGCCAUGGAGAACCCCUGCCUGACCUUCAUCGUGGCAUCCAUCCUGGAGAGCGGCGAGUUGCUCCUGAUCGACGUGGUCCACGAGAUCGCUCACGCCUGGUUCGGCAACGCCGUCACCAACGCCAGCUGGGAGGAGAUGUGGCUCAGCGAAGGCCUGGCCACCUACGCGCAGCGCCGGAUCACCGCCCAGGCCUACGGCGCCGCCUUCACCUGUCUGGAAAGUGCCGUGCGAUUGGACGCCCUGCGCCGACAGCUGAGCCUGGUCGGCGACGGCAGCCCCGUCACUCGGCUGCAAGUCCAACUGGAGCCCGGCGUGAAUCCCAGCACCUUGAUCAAUCUUUUCACCUACGAGAAAGGUUUCUGCUUCGUGUCCUACUUGUCGUCGCUGUGCGGGGACGUCGGACGCUUUGACGGAUUCCUGCGGGACUACAUCAGCGAGUUCAAGUUCCAGAGCGUGGUGGCUCGGGAUUUCCUGGACUUGUUCCUGGCGACCUUUCCCCAAGCAGCGCAGACGGAAGGUGUGGAUUUCCAGCUCUGGCUGACGGGCUGCGGGGCGCCCCCGUACCAGCCGGACCUGUCGGCGGGGGCCGCCCUGAUCCAACCGGCGCGGGACCUGUGCCGCGCGUGGACCGAGGGGCGCGGCGCCGACACCGGGGGGUCGGCCGCUGCCGUCUCGGACCUGGCGGGCUGGAGCACCUUCCAGGUGGUUCUGUUUCUGGACUGCAUGCUGGACCACGCGCCACUGCCGCACGAGGUGAUGUGGCAAAUGCGUGAGCGUUACGCGUCGCUGUUGGAUGGCCUGAAUGCCGAGGUUCAAGUGCGCUGGCUGCAGCUGGCGGUCAGGAGUCUUUUCUACGCCGACCUCCCCAGACUGGCCGCCUUCCUCCAAAAACACACGUCCCGCAUGUACACGGUGCCGCUCUACGAGGACCUGUCGGCGGGCCCCAUGCGCGCCGUGGCCGCCGACAUGUUGCGACGCACUCGGCAGCGCCUUCACCCCAACUUGCGAGGGACGCUGCAGCAAAUCAUCGCGCGGGGGCAACAGGAGCAGCACGCGCAUUUUGCGCCAGCCCCGCAGUCGCCCGCCGCCUCCUUGCCGGAUAUCAAUGUGUCGGCGUGAGGGAGGCGGAGGGGCGCCGCCUGCCCCCCCGCCCGAGGCACGAACAAGAUCCGACGGCCCCGUUUUGCUGUGCUCCGUCGUGUUCCCGCCUCCGAGACUUCCUCAAGCGAGCGUCCCCCUUCUGAAAGGCCACUUUGGUUUGUUGCAAUAAAAAAAAAAAACCACACACACAAAA